CGCCCACCCCGUGCCCCCAUUGCCCCCCGAUCCCCCCCGAUCCCCCCCGAUCCCCCCCCCCAGGCACCAACCAGUGUCCCCGCGGCGCCAUGUGCCAGAAGUUCAAGUUCGUGUUCCCCCGGCCGGCCGACCUGUGCGAGCAGAUCUGGUCCCACUCCUACGCCGCCAGCGCCCAGCGGCGGGGCAGCGGCCGCUGCAUCCAGCUCUGGUUCGACCCCGUGCUGGGCAACCCCAACGCCGAGGUGGCUCGCUUCUACGCCGCCGCCCCCCGCCCCGCGCCCCCCGCCCCGCUGCUGCUGCUGCCCCUCGGCCUGCUGGCAGCCCGCAGCCCCCCCCCGGCCUGGCUGUGA